UAUACUUCACUCGCGCUGUAUAAUACCGAUCAACGGUAUUUGGCUCGCAUAAUCGGUCGUCUGAUGUGCAAAUACCAAUCGCAUUUCUCGCAGACAGAUCGAACGGUAACGAUGAUCAAUGAUCGUGCAAUGUUCGCACAUUCGUAAUCGGUACGAUGCGUUUACGGAUUUUUCUCACGAUAUCUCGUGAAGGUGUCAAAGUGCUCGAAGAGAUAAUAAACAGCCAAUCCACACUCGCAGUUAUCAAUUAACAAUAACGUAAAAAAGGAAAAUAAUUUACUUCGGUGAAUGAUAGUUGGAACGAUAGUUAAUUAUUAUUCAUGUCUAUGUCAUAUAAUUUACGCAUAAUAUAAUAAUUGUCGAAAGCCAAGUGUUUAAAUGUCAGUCUUCAUGAAAGUUUCACAAAAUGUGAGAAGGAAUUGCGAAUCUACGCCGAAGUAAGCCAGAGUACUAAUAGUAGAAAAAGAAAUGGAAAGAAUCGAGUGAGCGAAGAGGAAGAAACUAAAGAAGAAGAAAAGAAAACGAAGAAUUCUACAGCGCUCCAAGUAUCCGUCAAGGUCAUUCUUGUAAGCCUCCCACGCAUCUCGUGUUGCUUUUAUCAUGGGGGUCCUGAUUCGUCCUUUGGGGGUAGAAAAUCAUUAGAAAUCUUCGCGAUGAAUCCUAUAUACGUAGUAUAAUGUUGGAAGGUUUUACAGAGUGAAGAGCCGAGGGAGUGCGAAGAAAGCGACGCACUUCGAUGAAGAGAAGAACGGAGUAACGAGGUAAGACGGCACGAUGGAGAAGAAGUGUAGUCCAAUCGGCGAUAGACGAGAAACACCGAAGAAAGAAAGAUAGUUAAAGAAGAAACUGGCGAAUGGUGAAUAACGAAGAAACAGAGAGAUGAAAGAGAGAGAAAGAGAGAGAGAGAGAGAGAGAGAGAGAGAGAGAAAAGAAGAAUAAGAUGAGUAGAAGAGAAUGAGAGACCGAUCGCGUCUAGCCGAAGAAGAAAACUGGAAGAUUAUCAUCUUUCUCUUCCUUUCUCUCGUUCUCUACCUUUUUCUCCUCUUUCUUUCUCAUACUUUCUAACUCUUUCUCUCUCUUUUUCUUUCUCCCUCCCGUCACGUGCACCUGUCUUCGUUUACCUGGUAGAUGCCUGGUAAAUGCCCCGCCCCGGCCAAUAGAGGUACAGCGGGCCUCGUGACGUCAGUCACGCGUACCAGGAGGCCCUAGGUGGAGGGGCGAGAUCAUCCACCACCACCUUUGGAGGCCACGAAAGCCUCACGGGGACCAGCCCGACCAGCAGCUAACAGCAGCCAGCGGCGGUGGUCUCGCCGGCCGUUUGCCGCGGGGUGGGGGCAGGAAGAGGGGUACUCCUGGACCUGGUCAGACCAAAGAAACAACGCAGGAGUACCCACCGAAACCCAUCCUGCAUUUCCCACCACCGGCUCGUCCGGAAAACGUGCGCUAGCUUCCGGACGUCGUUCGUCCGAGUUCAGUCAAGUGAGUCGACUCGCACGUACCUUCUCUCCGACGAAAACGAUUGCAGAGGGUUCCACUCCGGAAAGGCGGGAGUGUUGGCUUGGCGCGUGCCAGACGAGAAUUUAAAGGGCCCAGUACCGGUAGAGAGAACAUCGAUCGGUCGAGGAAAUUUGCCUUAGGAUAAUACUCCGUGAGAAUUCGACAGCAUUUAGGAUGCAGAAAGAUCCCUUCUCGUAAAUUCUCCGAUUUGGUGAUAUCCACGAGUUGAUGAUAUCCCAGUGUGGUGACCGUAUGUCACCUCCUUACGGUAAUCAAAAGAAAAAAAAAGAGGAUCUUUUUUCGGUCCUCCGAAAGAUAGUAGCCUCGCCGUAGUCAAUUCGCCGAUCGGUCGCGCGCGGAGUUUAACAACGCAAUACGGGGAUCACAUCGGUGGUAAGAGUGCGUGCACGGGGGGUGUGUGAUGCCCUGGUUAUGGUUAAGCGUGAGUGAGGUCAGUGGCAAGAGGCGGAGAAGAAGAAUCGGUAGCAGAACGUCAAGCGGAUUGUCACCCUCGUCAUCGUUGCUGCUGCUGCCGCCGCCGUUGUUACCGCCGUCGUCAUCAUCGUCGUUCUCCCAGCCGUUCUGGAGACGACGAGAGCAGUGACCGCGCAAGGUCGACCUCGAGGCAGAGGCACGCGAUUAUGGUGCACCAUUAUCAUCGUCGCCGCGGCCUCCAGGCGACCCACCACUAUGCCAUUGGGAGUCGCGUAGGCACUUCGCUCUUCCAGGUUAUUCUGUUGCUCCUCAGCCUCUGGCUGCCCGUGCUCGAUAACAGUGGUUUUGCUUUGGCGUGCGGACCCGGUAGAGGCGCCGGCCGACGGCCGAACCUGAGGAAGCUUACCCCUCUGGUCUUCAAACAGCAUGUGCCAAAUGUCAGCGAGAACACCUUACCGGCGAGCGGACUCAGUGAGGGACGGAUUACUAGAUAUGACUCCAGGUUCCGAGACCUGGUACCCAAUUAUAACACGGACAUCAUCUUUAAGGACGAGGAAGGCUCCGGCGCCGAUCGUCUCAUGACACAGAGGUGCAAGGAGAAACUUAACACUUUGGCGAUCUCGGUGAUGAACCAGUGGCCCGGAGUGAAACUACGAGUUGUCGAAGGUUGGGACGAGGAAGGCAUGCAUGCGAUAGAUUCCCUGCACUACGAGGGACGUGCCGUCGACGUGACGACGAGCGAUCGCGAUCGCUCCAAGUACGGGAUGCUGGCGAGACUCGCUGUUGAGGCUGGUUUCGAUUGGGUCUACUAUGAGUCCAGGUCGCACAUACAUUGCUCCGUCAAGUCUGAAUCAUCUUCAGCGGGCAAAUCUGGUGGUUGCUUUCCCGGGAGGAGUCUGGUCCGAACGGAGGAUGGUAGUACGAAGAGGUUGGACGAUGUGCAUCUCGGCGACCGUAUCGCCGCUGUGGAUUCCCGUGGCGACGUGGUAUACAGCGAGGUGAUCGCUUUCUUGGAUCGUUCUCCGUCCGAGAGGAGACAGUUCAUCCGAUUGACGACCAAGUCUGGCCGAGUGCUCACGUUAACGCCAGCGCAUUUGGUGCCGGUGGAGGGUGGUUCGGUGUUUGCCGCCAACGUGCAACCCGGCGACAAGAUCCUCGUGAGCGACGUUGAUGCAGCGAACCAGGUGGAUAGUCGUUUGCGAUGGGACAGUGUCAACGAGACGAAAUUGGUCAUUGAGGAAGGAGUUUAUGCUCCGCUUACGAUGGAGGGUAAUCUCCUCGUAGACGACGUCGUCGCAUCCUGCUACGCGAUCGUCAACAGUCAGUCGCUAGCACAUUACUCCUUCCUACCGCUAAGGAUUUGGCACAGCGUGACAUCCUUUUUCCUGCAAAGGUUGGACGACGUAAAACACUUUGCGACAAGACAUAACGAUAUGUCCAGAACAGAGUCGACGAUGAGAGGAGAGCAAGAGGGCAUCUAUUGGUACGCAUCGAUGCUUUAUUCACUGUCCUUCUACGUGUUGCCAUCGAAAAUGAUCUACAACUGAGAUUCGAAGCAAAAGAAUUCGUGCAAAAUGUAGAGUGAAUCCUUAAAGACAAACUUAAGUGCUCAACGCGAAUGUCACGUUCUAAAGACUUUGGAGCUAUGAAACUUAGAUAUUGAUUAAUCAUCGGGACGUCGCCUUGUCUCUCGAAACUUUUUUUUAUGGAUCGUUGUUGUGGAUUCCGAUUACACGAGUAUCGUGUAUUGAAGAUAGUUAAUGUACGACCGUGGGGAUGGAAUCAUCGUUUCGAGAGAAACGCAUAUAUUUAAUACGUAGAACAAAAGACGUCGUCGUAGGCGAAAGACAUAAAGUUGGCCAGUGACCUACUAGUGUUCACCGAAUGACGUGUAGCACAUAUUAGAUCUUUAGGACAAUAAAAAAUAGAUGAAAAACAGAGCUUUAGGGAAAAUCGGGACUUUUCUCUUCCACGUUUUAAAUGUAUGUAUACAAUAUAUUGAUAUACAAAUAUUUCUUUUCUAUAUUUUUUAAUAUUCGCGAUUCGUGUGCAUCUCGUCCGAUAUACUUGUUUCUAAGAUAUCAAAGGAAACUUUUGUGUCAUGGAAAAAGUGUGUAAGAUAAUUGCCGACUGUUCUAUUGUAAUGUUAUUCCAAAUAAUCUUCUGGAUGUACAUGCGAAUAACGAGAAAGCGUAUUGUAUUUAAAUAUUCUAAAAGAUUAAUUUGUAUAUAUCCUGCUUUUUUAUGUUUCCCUCUUGUUGUGCGCAAUGAGAAAGGGAUGUGACCUGCUUCUUUUAACAUUGCUUGUAUCUCAUAAUUUAAUGUAUCCAAAACUGUAAUUAUGCGUCCGUUCAAUCGAGGUGCACUUUUUUUCUUUUGAAACAAAAUUAGUAUAGAUUUGGACUUUCGAAAGUGCAAAUGAAAGAAAGUGCAAAGAAAAUGCGACUAAAAAAAAAAUAGAUAUUGUCACCCUCAGUCGUGGCAGUAACUAUCGAGUACCGCUGUAUAAUAAUAUUAAGUCGCGUUACUCUC